GGUUGAAAUACAGCGGAACACCCACCAGAGGGAGAUGCUCGCUAUACCGCGUGGACUCUUCGAGAGCUGAGGGCUGCCGUGGAGAGGAGCAGCACCGGGUCUGGGAUGGGUCCAGGCGGGCACGGAAGAGCUGGGGAGAAUCAGAGACUGAGGGUGCAGUUGGAAUGGGGGUAGGUGAAGGGAUAAAGAAGGUCGAGAUGAUUCGAUCUAUAGAUGAGAGCGUGCGCGCGUAUGAUUCGAUCCUCAUGUGCGUUCGCAGCUGAGGCGAAGAGAGUAAGGGGCUGUCAUUGUAAAGAGGAGGAGGUAGUAGACCGAGAAGGACCCUUAGUUGAGCUACUCAGAGAGGAAAGACUGGGGGUAGGGGGGGUGAAGUUUUCGAAGGUACUUCCGCUUAGCAACCCCACGCGGUUGCUAGGGAAGACUGGCGCGGUGAUCACCCGGAAGUAGUUCUGCGCAAUCCUGCUCGCCUUCUCCCGUUCUUGCCCUAUCGGAGCUCAGUGAGCAGGUCUGGCUUCGGGACGAGGGCGGGGCCGUCUCUAGUGGUUCCGGUUCGCUUCCUGCCGCCCCUCUGCUCCCCGCCUCCCCUUCCCCCCUCCCCUCCCGCACCCCUCCACCCUCCCGCUCCUGGGAAAGAGAGAAGGAGCCGCGGCCGGUGGGGAGAGGAUCCGCUCGGCGCCUGCGGGAGGGGACCGCGCCUGUCGCACCUGGAGUCUAAAGCACGGCCAGAUCCAGGUUUCAAAAUAUCUUCCUUUGCUUGUAAGUCCUUCAGACUGCUUGUCCUCCAGGAACUAAUCAAUGGAUUUUUAUCAUCUGAAUGUACAUUAGGAGCGUGAAUAUGGUGCCAAAAGACCUUCUUCCACUUCUCUGACUAUGGUCCAAGCUUGAUUCAGUAAUUCAUUUGGAUAUAUUUCUGUUUUAAAAAGAGAAGUAUACAUUGUUGCCAUUCACUUGGCAGAAAGACUACAUUGUAAGAUCAUGGACCAUACUAAUAGGGAAAAAGAUGAAAGACAACGUACAAGUAAACCCAUGGCACAAAGGAGCGGACAUCCUUCUCGACCAUCUAGUUCCACUUCAUCAUCUGGGGUUCUCAUGGUGGGACCCAACUUCAGGGUUGGCAAGAAGAUAGGGUGUGGGAACUUUGGAGAGCUCAGAUUAGGUAAAAAUCUCUACACCAAUGAAUAUGUAGCGAUCAAACUGGAACCAAUAAAAUCACGUGCCCCACAGCUUCAUUUAGAGUACAGGUUUUACAAACAGCUCGGCAAUGCAGCUGAAGGCCUACCCCAGGUGUAUUAUUUUGGACCAUGUGGGAAAUACAAUGCCAUGGUACUGGAGCUUCUUGGCCCUAGCUUAGAGGACUUAUUUGACCUCUGUGACCGAACGUUUACUUUGAAGACUGUGUUAAUGAUAGCCAUCCAGUUGAUUUCCCGAAUGGAAUAUGUCCACUCAAAAAACCUCAUUUAUCGGGAUGUCAAGCCAGAGAACUUCCUUAUUGGCCGACAAGGCAACAAGAAGGAACAUGUUAUACACAUUAUAGACUUUGGCCUGGCAAAGGAAUACAUUGACCCUGAAACCAAAAAACAUAUACCAUACCGGGAACACAAGAGUUUGACUGGAACAGCGAGAUACAUGUCCAUCAAUACCCAUCUUGGCAAAGAGCAAAGCCGAAGGGAUGAUUUGGAAGCCUUAGGCCAUAUGUUCAUGUAUUUCCUUCGAGGCAGCCUACCCUGGCAAGGACUCAAGGCUGAUACAUUGAAAGAAAGAUAUCAGAAGAUUGGAGAUACCAAAAGGAAUACUCCAAUUGAAACUCUCUGUGAGAACUUUCCAGAGGAGAUGGCAACAUACCUUCGAUAUGUCAGGCGAUUAGAUUUCUUUGAGAAACCAGACUAUGAUUACUUACGGACACUCUUUACAGAGCUCUUUGAAAGGAAAGGUUACACCUUUGACUAUGCCUAUGACUGGGUUGGAAGGCCAAUUCCUACUCCAGUAGGGUCAGUUCAUGUAGAUUCUGGUACAUCUGCAAUAACCAGAGAAAGCCACGCACACAGGGAACGGCCAUCACAACAACAACCUCUUCGAAAUCAGAAUGCAUCGACAGAUCGUCGAGGAGAUUGGGAAAUCCAGCCCAGCCGGCAGACAAAUACCUCGUACCUGACAUCUCACUUGGCUGCAGACCGGCAUGGGGGAUCAGUGCAGGUGGUAAGCUCAACAAAUGGAGAGUUGAACGUUGAUGACCCAACGGGAGCACACUCCAAUGCACCCAUCACAGCGCAUGCCGAGGUGGAGGUAGUGGAGGAAGCUAACUGCCUGAAAAUGCUCAACUUGUGGUGCUGCUGUUUUUUUAAGAGGAAAAGGAAGAAGACUGCCCAGCGCCACAAGUGACCAGUGCCUCCCAGGAGUCCCCUCCCUUCCCCCAAGCCCUGGGGACUCUUCAGUUGCACCUGCAGCUCCUGCCAUUGCUCGUUAGAAAGGACUCCUCUCUGGGAGGAGAACGGAAGAGGAGAGGGUGGAGAUCAAAAACCAAAAAGAGAAGAAAACAGAUGCCCCAGAGGAAGCCAACAUGGGGUUGGCCAGUGCUGAAUCGGUUCACCACUUAAUUCCAAGCCGGAGGCUCUUUGUGGGAUCCAGACUCCUGGCAGCCCCACCACUGCUUGCACUUGGGGCUGCCUAGUUGACUCUCCUUCCCAUUGUUUACAGUGAAGGUGUCAUUCACAAAAACUUGACUACUAUUCUCUUCCUCAGUUUACUCCUGUGCUCUGCCUUUCCCCUCCUCCAAUGAAAAGACUAAUAAGUAAAGGCUUUAUAUUUUAAAGGUAUGAGAGGACCUUACCCAGACAGGGUGGGCAGCUAACAAGUGGGAGAAAGGCAAGCCUGGAGUUGGAGAAAGAUUUCCUCCACCUUCCAGGCUCCCAUAAUAGAAUUCCUCUUUUUGUUCAUUUGUGCUGCCACUGAUCCCUGAUCUGGCCAUAGGAUUGCUGGUUCCCUCCCUGUUUCCCUCCUACUUGUGAUGCUACAUCCUAGCACACAAGCUGUGAGAAAUUUGCAAUCUACUGUCCCUGUAGAGUUGGUGUUCUUGGCUUUCUUGGUGAACAAGCGCUAUUCUCUAAACAGUAAUAGGACAGUGCAAAUUGUUUUGGAAAAAGAAAAAUUGACCUUAUUGCACUUUUAAUUUUUUUAAUAACAUGGCAGAUGCAUAUUGUGUCUGAUUAUUUUGGGGUUUUACUUUUUCUUUGUGGAGGGAGUGGGCUAGUGCAGCCACUGAGAGAGAAACAUGGGUCCAGAGAACAUUCUCAACAUAAGGAUCUUGGUCUUCAGUACUCAGAAAAAAAGAAGCCAAACCUCAAGCCAUCUGAAUCAUCUCACUCAGAAUGGCAAGGUCUGUAAGGAGCCAUACUUGAAUUUCCAGUCCUCCUUCUCAGCUGUCGAAUGUCCCUCCCAGAGCCUCGUGACCUGAAAGUUCGGAGGCCCUUGCUUGUGUGCACAUUAGACAAGCUAGGUUGGACUGAAAAGUGACUUUGGGUAAAUGAAUUAUCCUAGAGAAGCAGAUAACCAACCAGGAAAUAAAAAUAUGUUUUGCUUUUCACACA